GGCCAUUAUUUCUAUACACGUACCCUCUUCUUUACUAUACAUAUAAUAUAGAUAUGUAUUCUAGACAUAUCCAUCCAUCUCCUCAUUCAAUUAUUGAUAAUGGCAAGUAUGGAAACUCCUCCAAGGUCGGUGGAACCACUAGUUGCCGGAAAAGUGAUCGGAGAUGUCAUCGACUUGUUUGUUCCGGCGGUUGAGUUCACCGUCGAGUAUGAUUCUAAACAAAUAUCCAAUGGAGUUGAAAUAACACCAGCUGCAGCUGCACAUAAGCCUACACUUCAUAUAAAGGGUUCUCCUGAUUCUAAUAAUCUCUACACCCUUGUAAUGGCUGAUCCAGAUGCUCCUAGUCCGAGUGAACCGACUUUUCGAGAAUGGCUCCAUUGGAUUGUGACGGAUGUUCCAGAAGGAGGCGAUGCCUCUGAAGGGAGGGAGGUGGUGGAAUAUAUGGGACCGAAGCCACCAGCAGGGAUACAUCGCUACGUGUUCACUUUGUUUAGGCAGACGGAAUCGCAGCAAGUGCCCCAUAAACCACCAGAAGUGCGUUCCAAUUUCAAGACUCGCCAGUUUGCAACUGACAAUGGACUUGGUCUUCCUGUGGCUGCACUUUACUUCAACUCACAAAAGGAACAUGCUGCAAGCCAGAAACGUUAGCUCACCAGCUUACCUACUCAACACUGGCUCUUUACAAUGUGUUUUCAUGCUGCAAUAUAUAGGUGUAUAAAUAAUAAGUCGGUGUCUGUGUGUGCGAAUAUGUGAUGCAAGCUCUAGCUUAUGCUUGUUUGCUAGUAUCGUAAGUAGUUAUUACAUACAUCAGUAUCUACGCAGGGUCAUGUAAAGUUGUGUUUAUGGACGUGCAAAUAUACUUUCAAUAAUACAUGUACUGUUUGAUCA